CAUCUGGCCCUGAUUAUCCUGCCGCCACUGCUGCCGCUGCUGCCGCCGCUGCUGCCUCUACUGCUGCUGAACUUAACUGCUGCCUCUGGGCUGAGGACCCCAGCACAGUCCCCCUCGACAUGCUGCCCGCUGUCCCAGCCUCCCUCCUGGUGCCCCUCCUCACAGCCUGGGCCCUACUGCCUCUUGCCCAGGGCCAGACCCCCAACUAUACCAGACCUGUGUUCCUGUGUGGAGGGGAUGUGACGGGGGAGUCAGGUUACGUGGCAAGUGAGGGUUUCCCCAACCUCUACCCCCCCAAUAAGGAGUGCAUCUGGACCAUAACGGUCCCUGAGGGCCAAACUGUGUCCCUCUCCUUCCGAGUCUUCGACCUGGAGCUGCACCCUGCCUGUCGUUAUGAUGCUCUGGAGGUCUUUGCUGGGUCUGGAACCUCGGGCAAGCGGCUUGGACGUUUCUGUGGGACCUUCCGGCCAGCGCCCCUGGUUGCCCCUGGUAAUCAGGUGACACUGAAGAUGACAGCAGAUGAGGGAACAGGAGGAAGAGGUUUCCUGCUCUGGUACAGCGGGCGGGCCACCUUAGGCAAUGGCCCCCCCCCAGGCGCGAGGCGGAAAUGGGUCAUGGACCCGCGGGUGGAAUGGGCGGCCUGGGGUUACUGGGACGAGCACCAGUUUUGUGGGGGGCGGCUGGAGAAGGCGCAGGGAUCCCUCACCACACCCAACUGGCCGGAGUCCGACUACCCCCCGGGCAUCAACUGUAACUGGCAUAUCAUCGCGCCCCCAAACCAGGUGAUCUUGCUGACCUUCGGGAAGUUCGACCUGGAGCCGGACACCUACUGCCGGUACGACUCGGUCAGCGUGUUCAACGGAGCCCUGAGCGACGACUCCAAGAGGCUGGGGAAAUUCUGCGGUGACACCGCCCCCGGCCCUAUCUCCUCAGAAGGCAACGAACUUCUGGUCCAGUUCGUCUCGGAUCUCAGCGUCACCGCAGAUGGCUUCUCAGCCUCCUACAAGAUGCUGCCGCGGGACUCUGCUGACAAAAGGCCAGCCUCGAGUCCAGAAGGGGGCGUCCAUCCUGGUCCCCCUACUCUCAGCCCCAGCUCUAAGCCUGAAGCUGGACCCAAAGUCAAGCCACCCACCAAGCCCAAAGUCCAACCUGUGGAAAAAUCAGAAGCUUUGCCUGAGGCCCAGGGAAUUCCAGUGAGCCCCAAUGCCCCCACUAUCACCUGCCCAAAGCAGUACCGGAGAACAGGCACCUUGCAGAGCAACUUCUGCGCUAGUGAUCUGGUGGUGACAGCGACAGUGAAGUCUAUGGUUCGGGGCCCAGGCGAUGCCCUCACUGUCACUGUCAAUCUCAUUGGUGUUUACAAAAAUGGAGGACUGGACCUACCCUCUCCACCCACUGGCACCUCCUUGAAAUUUUACGUGCCUUGCAAGCAGUACCCACCCAUGAAAAAAGGAAUCAGUUAUCUGAUGAUGGGCCAAAUGGAUGAGAAAAGAGGUCCCACCCUUCCUCCAGACAGCUUUGUAGUUGUCUACCGGCCCAACCAGGACCAGGUUCUCACCAACCUAAGUAACAGGAAAUGCCUCUCCCAACCUGUACGGGCUGUGGAGUCCCAGGCUUGAGACUGAGUCCAGCCCUGUGUGCUUGGGUCCCCGUUCUCAUCCAAAUAAAUGUUUCUUAUCUGAGGAAA